AUGGUUGAAGGAGGCGAUCGUAGCUCGUUUGUAACAAAGAAGCAACCCUCUGUUGAUGAAGUGGAAAAAGAAGAGAUAUCUAAAAUUCCCAAUCUGGAAAUCGCACAACUGCGAUUUUUAGUAAAUCAUACGGAAUUGGACAAGGGAACGAAAGCUGAGAAAUGGGACGAGCUGCUAAAGUUAUAUUUGGGAAGGUUUCAGUUGAUUCAAGAGAACGAAAUGGGGCCAUAUUAUAAGCAAGUAUGCGAGGAAUUGGGCAUUGCUAUAAAUGAGUCACUCCUUAAUGAACUAAAGUUGAAAAAUGAGAGAAAACUCAAAGAAAUGGAUGAUGAAAUCACAGAUGCCGAGCAGAAUUUGGGCGAGAGUGAGGUACGUCAAGCUUAUUUACGAAAAAGUGAAUAUUUGUGCCAGAUCGGUGACAAAGAGGAAGCUGUUAACGCCUUCAGGAAAACUUAUGAAAAGACUGUGGGAUUAGGGUACAGAAUUGACCUUGUUUUCAACCUCAUUCGUUUGGGGCUUUUCUUUCUUGACCAUCAGCUGAUCAAUGCCAAUAUUGCGAAAGCGAAAGAUCUGAUGGAGCAGGGUGGUGAUUGGGAGCGGAAGAAUCGGUUGAGGUCUUAUGAAGGUCUUUAUAAGAUGUCUAUAAGAGACAUGAAAGGUGCCGCCGAACUUUUUUUGGAAGCAGUUCCGACUUUUGGCUCUUAUGAACUGAUCUCAUACGAACAGCUAGUUUUUUACACCGUCAUAUGUGCCGUUUAUGCCUUGGAGCGCCCAAACUUAAGGUCCAAAGUGAUAAGGUGUAACGAAAUCCAAGAGCAGUUGACUGGCGGGGGUGAAAAAGGUGAAUUAAUACCCGUAAAACAGUACUUAGAUGCUUAUUACGGUUGUCGAUAUGACGAGUUGUUUUUGCUUCUGGCAAAGUUGGAAAGUGAGAAAUUGAAAUUUGAUCGCUAUUUGGCGCCUCACUACAAUUUUUAUUCUCGAGCUGUGCGUCUCAAUGCCUACAAACAGUUCCUUACUCCUUAUAAAACGGUCAGAUUAGACAUGAUGGCAAAAGACUUUGGGGUUUCAAAAGCAUUUAUUGAUAAGGAAUUACAUGCUCUGAUUGCUGCUGGACAGCUACACUGUCGAAUCGAUGCAGUAAGAGGUGUGGUAGAAAUGGACCAUCCAGACACCAAGAAUCAUCUGUACAGAGCAGUGAUAAAGGACGGUGAUGCGUUGUUAAACAGAAUACAAAAACUUGCUCGGGUGAUAAAUGCAUAA